AUGGAGUUGGACGGAGGACGACGAGUAUCAUCAAGGUUGUAUGCGAGACUUGCACUUUUUAUAGAUUCAUUGGGACUUAUUCGAGUCGGAGGCCGUAUUAAACAUGCGUCACUCGAUACCAAUCAAAAACACCCAUUGUUGUUGUCUAGUCAGUCCCAUUUAGCUUUGUUACUGUUCCGGUACUGGCAUAUUGUAGGUUGUCACUCCGGACCAAAAUUUAUGAUGAAUAUGGUGGCCCGCCAGUUCUGGAUAAUUUCUGCACGGAAGGUUGCAAGAAGAGUAAUUAAAGAGUGCGUGAAAUGUGUUCGAUUCGCCGCUGUAAAUCCCCAACCUAUGAUGGCUCAAUUACCGGCGGUUCGAGUUCAAGCUAGCCGUCCGUUUUCAAAUGUGGGAAUUGAUUAUGCUGGAGCAUUUGCCAUGAAAGAGCAGCGACUUAGAAAAUCACGGGAGUACAAAGUUUAUGUGGCCGUUUUCGUGUGUAUGACCACCAAGGCGGUCCAUUUGGAAGUAGUGUCGGAUCUAUCCACCCCCGCAUUCUUAGCGACAUUAGACCGUUUCGUUAGUAGAAGGGGACUACCAUCACAAAUCUAUUCGGACUACGGAACCAAUUUUGUUGGAGUAGAUAGAAUGUUGCGCCAGUUUGUAAACAACCCCGACAUUCGUAAUAAUUGGAGUGCUUCCAUACCUUGUAUGUGGAACUUUAAUCCCCCAAAUGCCCCUCACUUUGGAGGCCUUUGGGAAGCCGCGGUGAAAUCUAUGAAGGCACUUCUAUAUCGGACUAUGGGAUCGCACUUGUUCACUCUGGAAGAGUUCGUCACUAUUAUUACCCGCGUUGAGGCUGUGUUAAACUCGAGACCGCUGACCCCAAUGAGUGAUGACCCAAACGACACAACGUGUUUAACUCCUGGUCAUUUUCUCAUAGGUCAACCACUUUUAGCUCCACCAGAGGAGUUAGUCCCUGAAACUCAACGCACGAUCACUCAACGAUGGAAGUUGCUCAAGCAAUGCCAUCAAGCAUUUUGGAAAAGAUGGACCGUUGAGUAUUUGAAUUGUCUUCAAAUUCGGAGCCGAUGGACUAGAGGCGAUCGAAAUUUGAAGGUCGGUGAUUUAGUGAUCAUUAAGGAAGAUCAUGCACCUCCGUUAAGAUGGCAUCUCGGUUGCGUUGAAAAGGUAUUUCCCGGUGAUGAUGGUGUGGUGCGGGUCGUCCAGUUGAAAACCAUCAAUGGAUGGAUAAAUCGCCCGGUGGUGAAAUUGGUGCCUUUGCUGUCAUCUUAG